AUGCCGCGUCCUUCCUCUCAUGGGCUGCUGGCGGUUGCGACCGUGGCCCUGCUGGUUGCUGGCCUCGCUGCCCCUGCGAAGGCUGACCGCCCGGCGGGGGCUGACGACAACACACAGGGUGGCUUCAUCGGCGCCAAGAAUUGGCUCAAUGGCGUCAUGUUCAAGCAGGACAAUGAGGUUUUCAAGGUCAACUUCAAUGGCGUGGCCAAAUGCGACCAAGCUGUGGAUCCCAAGUGUGUGAAGGGAGUCGCCUUGUCCACGGUCAUCACCAGUGUCAGGGACGCCUCCAAGACGAAGGCCUUUAACUGGCCCGUCGCCGACGCUGUCCUGACCCCUGUCAGCGGAGGCAGGCGCCUGAACGCACAGUGCAACAUCCUGGACCUCGUCCUCGGCCCCCUGUUUGUUGACCUGCUGGGCAUCAAUGUGAACCUGAACCAGCUGAUCCUGACCAUCACCGGUCAGACCGGUCCUGGGGCCCUCCUGGCCAACCUGCUGUGCGGGCUGACGGGCAUCCUGGAUAACACGACCCUCUUCAACCUCCUGAGCAACAUCUUCUCCCAGCUGGGCGGCAUCCUGGGCUGA